UAAAAUGUACAUGCCAAAACAGGAUUAUCCAAUCUUUACAUUCUUAGCUAAGAAUAAUGUGAUAUACUCAAUAAUCCAAACAAACAAAUAUCCAAAAAUGCAGAAUAAAAAAGACUAAUGUUUAUUUUUCUAUAAUAUCCAAAAAUUCACUUACAAAUAAUUAAAAACAUUGUAAGGAGGACGGACUAAUGAUCUCAAACUUGUUAAUCUCUUGGAAUUAAAUAUGGACAAUAAUGUGGGACCCUUAGGCGGGUUGACUCCCGUGACCCAUUCUCAUUUCUCACUCACACUUCAGGGAAGACCAUUUCAACAAAUGCGCACAGUGUUACUGCCAAAACAGCGGAAAACGCUGCCGCUUUAUUUUAAAAAGGAUGACGCCAAUUUGCUCUUUAUUAUAUAUACAAGUAUAAUAUCAUCUCUGUUUUGAUCAGAAAGAGAGAGAGUCUUCCACCCACCCAAAGUCAGCCAGUCAAUCGUCCCCAACAGCACCCAAACGCUGAGCGGAAUUUCUCAGUCGUUUCCCGAUUUGUUUAUAUUACUAUUAUCAGCUAAACAAAAUCAUUACUUAAGGCUUUAAAAAAAAAAAAGAAUUCUCUUUUGUGGGUUUUCUUGUUUGUGGGGCUUACUAAAGAAUUCAACAGUUCGUUUUCUCCUACCUCUGCAAGCAGACUUUGGGUUUGCCGCGUGAAGACUUCCCCUUCUUCAGUCUUCCCUUCUUCAGUCAUCCAAUCCGACACUCUACCACUACUAUUUUCUGGCUGUCCUUUUGAGUUCUGGGUUGUUCCUGUUAAGUUCCGAAAGUUUGGAUUUUUACUCAUUUUGGGCUUUGCUGUCAGAUUGAGGAAUCUAAAGGUGAGUUCUUCUUUUUUAUUUCUCGAAAUUCAUGUGACCCGCGUGUAAAUAUUAAUUUAAUCUUGCAUCUUUCUAACUCUGCUUUGAUGACCAUAGCUUUUUCUUAGCUGAAAGCUAUGUUCUUGACUUCUACUCUACUUAUAGCCCGGGAGAUAAAUUAUCUUGCUAUUAGUCCAGGCAAUUAUCUAAUUUUGAUGCUGGGACUAGUUUGCGUUGGUUGUUCAAACACUUCUUGGAUCUUAAUGAAAUGGGUUGAUUUUUUCUUUUGCUACUUUGACUUGGAGCUGUAAUUGUCUUGCAUAUCUUUAGAGUAGGUUUCCAGUCUGUUAUAGUUUGAUUGGACCCUCUAUUUUGUGCAUUUUUGAGGCGGAUUUAUUGAGAUCGCCGUGAAUUAUGGAUAUUGUCUCGUCAAUGCAGUGCAAGAGGAAGUUCCAAUUUUGCAAGUUAGAGUGUGAUUGGCUGGAAAGUUUUUGUUUUUGGAUAUAGAGGUUGGACCGAGGGUUUUAACAAUUUGUUCAUCUGCUUGAUGUUCAGAAUUGGAUUGAACCAGGUUGUUGUGGUCUCUGGAGGCUAUGAGGUGUUUCCAGUUUUAUCUUGGAGAAAAGAAGGACGAGUCUAAGACCGAAAGGUCCAGCUCGGUUCCUUGCUCAGGUUCUACCUUCACUGAUCCAGGAGUUAGGCGAUCAGGUUCUGAACUAAAUUCCCAGACCGCGUCUGACGCUAGUUCAGAGUCUAGGGGAAGGAAUCAAUUCCCAAUUUUGUCUGAUAAGCCUAGCAAUCUUACGGUGUUCACUUUUGCUGAUGUAAAAUCAGCCACAAAAAAUUUCACCCGCUCUGCAAAGCUAGGAGAGGGUGGUUUUGGCUGCGUAUAUAAAGGUGUUAUCAAGAGUUUGGAAGAACCGGGUGAAAAAGUAGAUGUUGCUGUAAAACAACUUGGCAAAAGAGGAUUGCAGGGCCACAAAGAAUGGGUGACAGAGGUUAAUGUUCUGGGGGUCGUUGAUCAUCCAAAUCUUGUAAAACUUGUUGGCUACUGUGCCGAAGAUGAUGAGAGAGGAAUUCAGCGGCUUCUUGUUUAUGAGUACAUGCCUAAUGGAAGCGUGGAAGACCAUCUAUCAGUUAAGGCUGUAGAACCACUGUCUUGGGCUAUGAGGCUAAAGAUUGCCCAAGAUGCUGCUCGUGGUUUAACAUAUUUACAUGAAGAGAUGGAUUUUCAGAUCAUAUUCAGAGAUUUCAAAUCUUCAAACAUUCUUCUAGAUGAGCAGUGGAAUGCCAAGCUAUCAGAUUUUGGAUUGGCUAGAUUGGGUCCUCAAGAGGGAUUAACUCAUGUCUCCACAGCGGUGGUUGGCACAUUGGGGUAUGCUGCUCCAGAAUAUAUUCAGACUGGUCGUCUAACAGCAAAGAGCGAUGUGUGGAGCUAUGGAGUUUUUCUCUAUGAACUAAUUACAGGUAGACGCCCAUUGGACCGUAAUCGUCCCAGGAGUGAACAAAAGCUCCUGGACUGGGUAAAGCCCUAUCUUUCGGAUGCUAAAAAAUUCCAGCAGAUAAUAGACCCUAGGCUUGAAAGAAAGACUAUCUGGAAGUCAGCACACAAGCUCUCACUGGUAGCCAACCGCUGCUUGGCAAGACACGCCAAAACACGCCCAAAAAUGAGCGAAAUACUGCAAAUGGUGAAUGAUGUUGUACAGGCAUCUGCAGGACUUGGGAGCCCUCACCCCCCAGUCAAACAAAAAGAUCCCUCAGAGGAAACGGCGAAAAAGGGUAAGCGAAGAUUCAUGGAUAUAAGAGUUGUAGAUGGUGGCUGGCUAGUUCGAAUAUUGUCAUCAAAGCACGUGAAAACCUGCUAACUGCGCUGAUACAAGAACAAAUAAGGAUAUCUACAUCCUUUCCCUGUUUGAGGGCUCCAUAUAGUAAAAGAAAUUCCUUUAAAGCUUUGUAGGGGCUAUGUCAGUUUUACUAAUUACAAUAAACUUCUAGGGAGAAAUGUGAAUUGAUGGUGGAAGUUCCUAGGAAUGGAAAUAGUGAUCCUGAUUCCUGAAUACAGAGGUUUUUAGAAAGUUUCUUGACUUGGUCAAUGUAGAGAAAAGUCAAGCUAAUAUGAAGGUUGAGAUAUAGUGAGUAUAUACGUGUAUGUAUGUAUGUAUAGAAACCAAAACCAGGGGGAAUUGGAGAAUUAUGACUUGUUUUUUCUUUGAUCUGUAAAGGCAGUGAAGAUUUUUCUGUGCUUCCACGAUAGGAGAUUUGACUAUUAAAUUCUCUCGUAAUACCAGACACAGCUUCAUAUAGUAUGAAUCAUCGUGUUGAUGCAUUAAUCUUUUCCCUCUGUUGUAGGCUUCUCAACUCCGUGAUUAUACAUCAUCAUCAUCAUCAUCAUCAUCAUUCAUCACUCAUCAGUAAAGACGAAAACAAAGUCCCUGAUAUUUUGAAAUCAAACGUUGUCAGCCCGCCUGUUCCGUACAACUCACUGACUGAUCCUUCCCGGCUCCCGGCGCCCGUACAACAUGCAACGUUGCCGGAACAAAAGUUUGGCGCGUUAAAAGUGUAACAGUUUGAAGGCUUAAAGCUAAAGUCCGACAACUGUAUGAAUGCGAAUUGUACAAAAAGCCAGGACUUGUGACAUUCAUUAAUUAAUGACGGUCCAUUGCAUUUGAUCAUAUCUUUUUCUUAAUUUUGACUUUUUUUUUU